AUGGAUUCAGCAUGGAGAAAUAAAGUAAAAAUAUGCAGCAUCGAUUGGACAGAUGAAAAUACCUACCCACGUGAGAAUGAACAAAUUGUCACAUAUGAUUACAUUAUUGGGAGUGAUUUAGUAUACGAUAAAGAAAUUGUGCCAUCACUUGUCCAUAUAAUUAACUUAACUUUGAAAACAAAUGGCAUUUUUCUCUAUGUGUGUAGAAAGAAUAGGGAUGGUCACUACUUUGUAAUCCCCUUUCUCAACUUAAGUCAGGACCUAUAUGAGGCAAAGUUUUCCGAGUUUAGCGACGCCUCCAACUUUGUCAUGAUGCGCUGCCAAAAGUACUAG